CGGGUCAUCAAAGGAAGUUAUUGUGCCAAUGACGACGGUCCGGGCAUUCCAUUAGUUGUUGGGCCGUCCAGACUCCCAGACCGUCACAGCGCAGGGCCUCAACUCGUUUAAUCGCGACGGUCUAUAAUAGCCAAACACCCAUUGCUGUCUACUAGGCUCGGACUGCCCGUCUCAUUGCUCGCUCCUUCAUCACUCCGGCCAAGGCUGCCUUCAUGCCCAACCCUGGCGAUAUCCAUUGACUCCAAGCACUAAGGGUAUUGGCGAGAAUGCACCGGCUUCAAUCCCCACUAAACCUUAUUCUAGAACCCAAACGGUUUUGUUUCGAUGGUGUGUUGUUAACUCAGGGUUGGUCUCGAGUCCCGUGCUCGUCAUAUCUUCCUUGGGUUGACGCGGUUCUAUUGUAUUCUUAUUAUAACCUCCCGUCUCCCCUCUUUCUUCUUUCUAUCUUCGAAUUCUCGUCUCUCUAUCCUCUAAUACUCAUCAUCACUUCCACAAGCUUCGUCAUACCACACUCCUCAGUGAUGCAAUAAAACAAGUCUUGUAACAGACAAAUAAACCUCAUAUCCAACCUGAGUUACAAAAAUCGCCAUGGACGAAAUCACUCCCACCACUUCCACCGCCCCAAAGACCUUUACCCUCUUCCCUCUCCUCCCUACUGAGCUCCGUCUCGCCAUCUGGCAAGCCUCCUGCCACCCUCGCGUCCUCGAAAUUCACUACUGCCCCUCCCAAGACCGGUGUUUCACCCCCUCCAAGCCGCCCGUCAUCCUCUCCGUCUGCCGAGAAUCCCGCCACGAAGCGCUCUCGCGCAUCUACGCCAAAGCCUUUGGCACACGCACCCACCCGUCCGGAUCCAUCUACUUUGCGCCAGACCUAGACAUCCUCUACAUACCGCGGUACUACGAAGAGGAAGGGGACUUCCAUCAUCAUCACCAGAAAGGGAAAGCAGGACGCGGCGAGCGAGAAAAGGAAAGGACGAGGAGGAUCAUGUCCAUGGGCUACAGCGAGACGGCACGCGAUUUUGAUCAGUACGUCCUCAACACCACGGAGCUGGUGAAGAAUCUGGCCAUCGAUCAUGUCCGACCGGAGAUCAGGAGGCCGUGGGAGACGUAUAGCAAGUUUUGCCUGAUCAGGAGCUUUCCGAGGUUGGAGAGGGCGUUUUUGAUUUUGGAUAAUACCACCACUACCACAUCAUCGACUACCACCACCGCCGCGGCAACAAUGACCAUCUCCACGGGUGACGACAGGGUAAUAGAAGGAGUGGAAGACGGGGACGACGACGAGGAUCAAAUCGAAUUCAUUGACCCCACCGAAAGCAAGGAAGAAAUUACGCGGUUGAUGGAGAACGUCAGCGCUUCAUUCUCCCAUGAGGUUGGGGUGGGGGUUACGACUCGGUUUGAGGACAGUGGCAGUGGAGGGAGGAGUGACGAUCAUAGGGCCCAGCAACCACGUCUUGAUUGCUGCUUAAAUCAUGCAUCAGGUGGGCACGGCGGUGAUGACCUGGCUUUGAUACCGAAGACUAAGGUUCACCACCAUCAUCCUAGCCAUCAUGCCCCGUGGCAGAGUCAUACGUCGUCGUUUGUGGCUUGUGUAUGAACUUGGGUUUUACGAGUGAGAAGAAGAAGGAAGGGGGGGAGUAAUGCGUUAUGAAUGGUAUAUGACUAUGGGUAAUGAGCAAAAGCGGUUUUUCAGGAUUUCUCUUUUCCUCAUCUUGGGCGUCUGGUCAAUAACCACAAUGCAUUUCAAUGGUUGAUUACAUACAAGUUCUUGACGGACACUCCAAACUGCACAGGUCAACACCGAGUGAGAGGUGUCAAACCAAGAAAGGACUAACAUCCGACUUUAUACAUGAGGUUCACUGGAAUCGAUUAUGAUUCAACUGCUAGUCUCAUGGGGCCGCAAAACCUCGGGAUUUAUCACAUGCAGCGGGGAAAGGAGUAUUCAUUUGCCAUGAUUAUCUUUUUCUUUUACUCAACCAUCCUCACACCAUCACCCAUACGGCCCGUACGGUACGGUACCUACGUACAAAUCCGCCUUUUAUCUCAUCCCAUUGUAUUUUGUCCUUUGACUGGGCCUGAAAAUAGUGUGAGCGCGUUCUUUGCAUUUCCCUCUCUUGUUUGCACUUACUUUCGAACCAGAUUCUUUUUGUCUUGACUGUCUAUUGUCUAAAAGCAGAUCGUCGUCGUGUCCGGAUAUUUGCGCCCUGGUUAUCAAACGGGAUCUCAGGUCAGAAGAUACUUUGAGUUCAUUACGCCCAGUAAGUAGUAGCACACCACACAUCUCCUG